AUGGCGGGGGUCAAGCGUAAACUUGAAGCUACCCAAGCCUCAGCUACGUCCUCUGGUGGUCACGCUGGCGCAGGGGCUUCCCAGAACAGUACUAACUCCACAAAUGAUGAUUUCUCAUCUGUUCGUGUGACUCGGAGUUUACGUUCGAGUCGAGAUGCACGUGCCUCUCAACAUGAUGUUAGAGCCCCCAGCAACACUGCUGCUACGGCUGGGAACAGCAACAAUCAUCUAAGAAACAACACCAAUCGCCCAUCACGUAUUAUCACGCUCAGCACUCGUGCUGCUCGAGCCAAUACUGCCGCGGAGAAUGCAGCUCGCGAAGCGGCGCUCCGUGAGACUGCAGCGCGUGAAAAUGUAGCCCGUGAAAACACCGCUCGCGAAACCCGUAAUACUCGGACUCGCGCAAGCGCCCAGUUGGCCACUGCCCAACCUGAAACGCCAGUAACAGCCGUUCCAGAAACCCCUCGGCACAAGCGCGUCAAGCGGGGGCCGACGGUUGAAGAGACACCUCGGACUACGAGGCAGUCGGCGAGACUCAGGGCCCAUGUGCAUCCAACAUCAGCUGAAGAUGGUUCUAACGAUCAGGGCAUCGUCCCGAAAUUCUCAGAGCCGAGCCCUUCUACCACUGCUGCCCCGAGUACCAGAACGAGAAAUAGAAGCCGGCAAUUUGCUGACAAUAUCAUUGACACUACUCACAAUGCUACUUCUACUGCUCCUGCGGUCAAGUCUCCUUCACCAGACAGGACCACUCCUGUCCCGGCUGAGCAACCCAGGCCACCGCAAGAUGAGCCUCAGAGCAUCGUGCCAGACCUUCAUUCUUUUACGAAGGAAGAGUCACCAAAGGGCACCGUUGUUGAUGAAGACAAGAGUGGUGUCACUGAACCGGCAGCCCUUGAGACUGCUGAUCGUCAGAAUUCAACGACCACCCCAAGUCCAGAGGCAUCCGAGAAGCCUAAGUCGUCAUCUCAACCAGAAGAUACUGGUGCGGUUGAGAGCGAGAGUGUCUCGGAAUCCCCUAGUAAGAAGCCUAAAGUGGAAGAGGGCGAGUUGGAGCACACAUUAGAUCAGCAAUUGCAGAAUGGCACCGGUGGUAAUCCGACAUCACGGUCCCCCGCUGAGGCCGUGGCCGACUCGAGAAUUGACUACGACUCUCGCCAGGUGACUGAAGAGAUUGAAGGAUCAACGCCAGAGGUAGCCACGGAGUCGACGGCUGGUAAACCAACCCGUGGUGGACGGACUCGAGGCCGCGGUCGUGGUGGACGGAGUCGCGGCUCAGCGCGUUUCGCAGUGAACAAACGAGGACGAGGCGCCGCACGCAGUGGUCGUGGUGGUCGCACCGGUCGACAACUGGAUCGCUCGAGCGAUGUGGAGCCUGACCGCUCUCCUUCCCCAAGUGCAGCUACCCAGAAGCUGCGGGACAGGCAACGGGAGUUGGAUAAGGCCUUCAAGAAAGUGGCUGCUGCUCAGCGGCUGGCGCUGGCAGUGCUAGCCACGCAGUCUGAGAAGCGACUGGCCCGCGAUAAGAACGCGCAUAAGAACGUGCCAGAGUUUGAAGAAGUCAAUAUGCAGUUGAAGGAGAGACUAAAUGGGCGGAAGGAGGUUUUACGCCGGGAAUACGAACUCAAGGUGGCGCAGGAGCACCGGCUAUUCGAGGCCAACAAGCAAGCUAUUGAGGAGCGAUAUCGGGCCCAAGCCCGCAAUAUUCGCGAAGAGCACCUGCUGGCCAGUCAGGGGGCGUAUAUGACUUUUGUCGAAGGCCGCCGUGCCGCGGAAGAUGAUGAGCAUACUGAGACUGAUGAUUCCGAAAUUGAGCCGGAGCGCGGACGAGUGGUACCACCCGCCAGGGAAGUGUUCAGAGGCUUCAGCUCCAACUAUGUUCGGAAUCCUUCUGGGGCAGCCCUUUACGAUCGUGCUUACUUUGGCUGGGACGACUUCGUUCAGCGGGCCAAGGUGGGCGACGACAUUGAUCCGCAGAUGAAGGAAAUCCGGGACGCAGGCCCCUUUGCCGGCAUGACCGCUGAACAGAUUCUCGACAUGUUGGUGAAAGCGACCGGGGUUGUUGAAGUUCCUCGCAACACAGUGCCGGCAGAGAUCAGUCCUCCGGUGGUGCUGCCUGACUUGCGUCCCCGAGCAUUGUCAGCCCUGGCAGAUAUUGCUGCGGCGGAGCCUCCGCGCCCUCCCCUGUCACAAGCUGCUCCACGCCUCUCGACUCAUCGAGCCCUCCUGCCCCAGCCUGCACAGCCGCCAUUGGCCCACGGCCCUGCCGAAACUCGACCAUUUGUGCUGCCUCCACCCACCCCCCAGAGACAACAGCCCCGUCGUCUUCUUCCAGCGGGGCAACAGAUUCCCCCGAUCAACGAACAGCUCGGCUUGCCUGAUCCUUUUGCCUCCAUGGGAGGGCCUCCUCACCUUCCUCCUCCGCCGGGGUCCAACUUUCAUCGACCUCCCCUACCCGGUUUUAUGACGGGACACCACCCCCCAAGUCUUUAUUAUCCGCCGCCGCCUCCACCACCUCCCCCAGGGCCUCGUCCCCCCUUUUAG